AUGUCGAAAGAGGCCCUCUACGAGCCGGUGCCCUCGACGCGCCUCAAGGUCUUUUCCACGCCCAUCAAGUCCGAGGCCGACGACCACCACAACCAUUACGAGGACGAGGAGGGUCACAGCAUCGACGAUGGCCGCUACGCGCCCGACCACCGUCGACACCCAGACAACUAUCCCCAGCUGCAACGGCACGAGGAACCGACGCUGCUCGAGAUCUUCUACGACUUGUUCUUCGCCGCCACGUACAACGCCUACUGCGACUCCAAGACCGUCACCAACCACGCGAGCUUCAAGGCCUCCAUCGGCUUCUUCUGCCUGCUGUGGGUGACCUGGUUCAAUGUAACGCUGUUUGACGUGAGAUAUGCCACGGAUUCCAUAUUUUCCAUCACAGCACGUCUCAACACGGCCAUCCAACUCGGCGUUCUCAUCGGCUUCGUCGUCGUCGCUCCCAAGUUUAACCCGACGACCCAAGAUGCGCCCACCAUGCGGGCAAUGUCCAUCAUCCUCGCCAUCUCCCGCUUCAACCUCAUGGGCCAGUACGCCUGGAUGGCCUUCCAUGUCCGCCGCUACCGCACCACGCGCCUGCCGCUGCUCGUCCAGAUGGCCAUCUACACAGCCGCCGCCGCCGCCUACCUCGGCCUCACCUGGCGCUUCGGCGAGGAUCGCCACAGCCACGCCUACGUCACUUGGUACUGCGUCUCCGCCGCCGAGGGCGUCGCCAGCCUGCUGCUCUCCAACUACUCGCCCAUCCUCAGCCUCGGCCGCACGCACUUGAUGAAGCGCCUCGGCCUGCUGACCGUCAUGAUCCUCGGCGAGGGAAUCGAGUCCAUCGCCAAGAAAGUGCUCGUCAUCGUUAAAAACAAGCACGCCUGGGACACCACCACCAUCGGCCUCGUCACCGCGGCCGCCGCCACCGUCUACUUCGUCUUCCUCGUAUACUUCGACUGGCUCGGCGCUAAGACGCACCUCCCGCCCGUCCGCCGCAACGCCUGGGUCGCGCUGCACCUCCCCUUCCACCUCGCCCUCGUUCUCUUCAUGCAGGGCUUCACGCAGAUGCUCAUCUGGGGUAAGAUCGCGCGUCAGGUCAAUGUCGCCUUGGACUUCGCCGACCCGACUGACCUCCCCGAGGUACUCGCCGGGCAGGCCACCACCUUCUCCGUCAGUUCCAGCGUCAACGCCUCGGUGCGCGACUUCCUCGAGGACUACCCGUCCAAGCUGGAGAGCACUACCAUGGUCAUCAACACGGCGCUGCGCAACAUUUCGUCGCUGCCGGACGACUUCUGGCCCGCGCUCACCCGCGUGGCUAACGAGGCGUCCGGUAGUAGUGACGCGAGCCUGACGGACGCCGACCGUAGCUACGCGACCCUCAGGGCGGCCGGGGAGACCCUUGCCGCGUCCAUGGCCAACAACGUCUUCCGCGCCUUCAACACCGAGGUGUCCGGCGAGAUCGAGUCCAAGAACAAGGACCUCGAGACCAAGGAUCGCGAAGGCUUCCAGUUCAAGCUGGAGCGAGACAACUGGGCCCGCUACGGCCUGGUGUUUGCGUACACGUACAUCAGCGCCGCCUGCGUCAUCGUGUUCGUCCUCGCCCUCAAGCAGCUCACCGACGGCCACGUCCCCAAGGGCUGGAACCUGAUCCGCCAGAUCAUCAUCUUCGGCCUCGCCCUCGGCACCGGCCUGGCGACCAUUGUGUGGUUCAACAGCUUGCGAGUGUUCGCGUGGCUGCAGACGCCAUGGGUCAUGCCCACGCUGUGCUUCGUCUGGAUGACCAUUGUCAUCCUGACGCACGUCAACAUUGGCGGCGUCAAACUGAACCCGAGCCACCUCAAGUGGCGCUCGCGCAAGUAG